UGACAUUUUACAAAAGAUUCACAGCGGACAUCAGGGCAUCGUGAAGUGCCGUGAGAGGGCGCAGAUGAGCGUCUGGUGGCCCGCCAUAGGACAAGACAUUCAGCAGAUAGUCAGCAGCUGCAAUGACUGUCGAGAGUCACGACCUACACAGAGGAAAGAACCGCUGCUGACCACCCCGCUGCCUGCCCGUCCGUGGGAAAGAGUGGGAGCGGACAUAUCUCUGCUGAGCUACCGAUCUACUCCUCUCCAGGCCACAGGCGCGAGCCCAGCGCAGCUCAUCAUGGGGAGGCAGAUCAGGACACCGAUCCCCACACUGGAAUCAAACCUACAGCCUGCCUGGCCCGACCUGCACAAGGUGAAACAGGCAGACGCCAAAGCCAAAGCAAGCUACAGGCGCAACUUCAACAAAAGACACAAUGUCAAAGACUUACCUGAGCUUAGUCCUGGAACCACAGUUGCCCUGAAGCUUGACAGCGAGCAAGGAUGGCGAAAAUGUGGCAAAGUGCUCAAAAUGUGUGAGACUCCAAGAUCCUAUCUCAUACAAACAGAGACAGGAGUGCUGCGCCGCAACCGUCAUCAUCUCAUGCCCAAAGUCGACCAGGAUGACGGCCCAGGAGCGCCGGAGCAAGACGCACCUGCUGUUCCUGAGCAACCGACACCUGUGCUGGAUGCACAGGCCGACACUCAACUGCACCAGAGUCCAGAUCCCCAGCCACCAGCAGCGGAGGCCGCACCGACUCCUGAGAAGACUCAUCGUGGCCGUGCAGUGAAGCCUCCAGAAAGAUACAAAGACUUUGUGCAGUACUAAUAACAUUUUGUUUUACAGGAUGUCCAGGCUGAAAUUAACAUACUUUCUUUACAGGUCCUGAAUUCAAGACAAGACUACGGAAAGGACUGAUUUUUAUUAAAGAAUGAGUUUUCAGUUAAUGGGUUUAAGUAAGAAGCCUCAUAGUUUAAAUUUAUCAAGAGGCUAUUGUUUGAAUACACUUACUGAGUUAUAGUGUUAAUAGGAAAUGCUACAGCUUGGAUAACCUGAGUAAACAUUUAAGUAUUUGUUUAGACUGUUAUGAUGUUAUCUCAAAAGGAAGGGUGAUGUGAUGUAAGGAUCUAUUUUAUUAUGCGCAGUCAUACAUUAAUGUGUUACACCCAGUAUAUAAGUCACAUCACCUGUGUAUCAUAUCAGUGUUGUGUAUGCGCAGUAACAAGAGAACCUGUAUACAUGUCACUCAGUUUGAAGUCAUAGAUAAAGAAGUCAAUGGAAAUCA